GGGAGCGGUGCGGGACCGGGCCCCUCUCCCCGGCCGCGGUCGCCCUCAUUUCCCCAGCGCUCCCGGCUGCCCCAGCCAUGAAUCCCAAGCAGACGGAGCUGUCCAUCCCGCUGCAGCCCCUCGAGCAGGGGGCGACUCCGGCCAACCCGGGGCCUCCGGACUACGUGCUCUGGUCCUUCUUCAACGUCCUGGUGGGCUACUCACUCCCCUUCAUGGGCUGCUGCUGCUUCCCCGCUCUCAUCUACUCCAUCAAGGCCCGUGACUGCAAGGUGCAGGGGGACCUGGAGGGCGCCCAGCGUCACGGCGGCCGCGCCAAGGUGCUGAACAUCUUCUUCACCACCCUGAUCGCCGUCGGCGUGGUGUCUGUCAUCUCCAUCGUCACCAUUGCCCUCUUGCGCCUGAGGGCCUGACUGCGCUGCCACCAACCUGCUUGCUGGAGUGCUUCUCCUCCCCCCUCCUCCCCGAAUGUCCCCACUUUGGGCACAAGAGGAGAGAGCGUGACGUCGUGUCCCCUCACCGCCUGCGCCCCGGGUGUCCCAGCGUGGCCACCAUCUGGAAGGGGAUGAGGGGGCCAGGCUGGAGCACAGGGGACAGCCCCCCAUUCUCCUCUGCUUGUGCUCCUCAGCUGGGAGCUGCCAGGCUCUCAGGUGUGUAACUCCCUUGCCACGCGUGCGCAGUUGACUGGUGCCACAAAUAAAACUCAUCCUACUAAA